AUGGACAGGCUGAAGCUGCUACCACCAGAGCAGGUCAAUGCCAUAGAGGGAUUUGUGGAGAGGAGGCUCAAGGAGAGGGAGGAGCGUAGGCUGGUGGAUUGGUACAAGCCUGGCGCGGAGUCAACUUUGCCCCCUGACAUCCUUGGUGCAACAGCUGAGACCGUUCACCUCGGCCCUCCCCACGAGCCAAAGGAGGAAUCGAUUAGAGCGUUCAAGCAGAUUGAGCACGAGCUGCGGAAGCAGCUGGUCCAUAUCCGCCACGAGCAUAACAAGCAUGAGCCCGAGUACUUCGCAGCCGUGGCUCACCUGAGCAACACGGAUCUGGUCUCCUUCACCAGCGCCGACUUCGAGCAGGUCCGGGUGGGCAUCUCCGCCUACGGCAUCCACAUCUUCGGCAAGCUGCGCCUGCCGGCGAUGCCCGAUUCCGGCCCGGCGUACGUCCACUUCCGGAUCUUCAGCACCGGGCCCGACGACCAGGCCACACUGCACUGCAUCCACACCGAGGAGCGGGAGCUGCCGGGCGGCGGCUUCUCGUACCGGGCCAUCUUCACCAAGAACGACCCCCUUGAAUGGUUCGACACUUGA